UUUAUUCUACAUUUCUAGGGGCAGGUGGAUUUUAUGUUGUUUUCUAACAGGGUAAAUCCAAAUCAUGACUACUUUCAUCAUGCUUCAGAGUGUAUGUGUGGAAUCUCAUGCAGGAUUAAGAUAGGACCAAACAAGAAGACAACAUGUCGUUGCGCCCAAGGCGUGUAGAUUUUGACACCACUUGGGCAACUCUUCUGGAGACCGUCAACGGCGUGAUCACUUGUGGCAGUGUCGCCAGGGCGACCUGGAAUGACAGAUUCUCUGAUGUUUAUGCACUAUGUGUGGCCUGUCCAGAUCCACUGGGGGACAGACUUUACCAAGAAACAAAGACUUUCCUUGAAAACCAUGUCAAAACAUUACAUCAGUCUGUGUUGGAUUGUAAUGAAGAGAACCUGCUCACAGUGUACCAGCGACAUUGGGAUCAGUACAGUCAAGGUGCUAGCUUUCUCAACCAACUCUAUGGUUACUUAAACUCCACUUUCAUAAAAAAACAGAAGUACAGUGAUGCUGAUAUAAAUUAUGGAGGUUUUGCGGUAGAACUGACUGACCAAAUGUUGGAAAUAGGGGAGCUUGCGUUGGACACCUGGAAAAAGUUCAUGAUAGAGCCUAUCAAAGAACAAAUACUUGUACUUAUACUGAAUGAAAUAUUAAGUGAUCGUAAUGGAGGCAGUGUAAACCAGACAGUGUUACAUGGGGUAAUCACCUCGUUUGUGGAGGUGGAACAAUACAAGAAGAAAGGUCCCCUUCAGCUGUACGAGGAGAUAUUCGAACAACAGUUCCUCUCCGAGACUGGGCAGUUUUACAGGAGCGAGGCAGCUAAACUCAAGGAUGAGUGUACAUGUUCAGAAUACAUGGAAAAGGUUAUAAAGAAGCUACAAGAUGAAGAUUUCCGAAGUCGGAAGUUCCUUCACCCCAGCUCAUAUGGGAAAGUGACGCACGAGUGUCAGCAGAGAAUGGUGGCGGAUCACCUGUUCUUCCUACAUGGAGAGUGCCAUGAUAUGGUCCAGGCCGAAAUGCUUCAAGAUUUGGAGAACAUGUACAUGUUGUUAAAGCCAAUCCAUGGGGGAUUGCAGCAUUUAGUGCAAGAAGUUGAGAGCCAUAUACGAGCCACAGGACUAGAUGCCGUCAAACGACUAAAGGGAGACAAUGUUCCUAACCAGUUUGUAGAGUCAAUGCUACAAGUACAUAGCAAGUUUACAGAACUCCUCAAGAAAGUGUUCCGUAGCGAUCAACAGUUUGUUGGUGCUCUAGAUAAGGCCUGUGCACAUGCAAUCAACUAUAAAAACAAUCCGAAAACGCCUUGCAAAUCACCUGAACUGCUGGCAAAAUACUGUGAUAACCUGCUAAAGAAGAGCCACAAGGGAACGUCAGAGACAGAACUUGACGAGAAACUGGCGAGCUGUAUCACUGUGUUCAAAUACCUAGACGACAAGGACGUCUAUCAGAGGCACUAUUCCCGCAUGCUGGCCAAGCGGCUCAUACACCAACAGACGGCCUCCAUGGACGCUGAGGAACUCAUGAUCAAUAAACUUAAGCAAGCAUGUGGUUAUGAGUUUACCAAUAAGCUGCAUCGGAUGUUCACGGACAUCUCUGUGAGCUCGGGGCUGCAGGAUGAAUUCAAUACAGCUCUUAAAGAGACAACUACUGACCUUGGCCUUAAUUUCUCCAUGCUUGUGCUACAGGCCGGGGCGUGGCCCCUUGGACAGAGUAACCUGCCAACUUUCGCCAUUCCUCAAGAACUAGAGAAGAGCGUCAGUGAGUUUGAGAAAUUUUACAACAAAAAGUAUAAUGGUAGAAAAUUAACAUGGAUGCAUGCUUUAUGUACAGCUGAGUUGAAGCUGAACUACCUGAAGAAGCCAUACAUUGUUACAAUGGGAAGUUUCCAGAUGGCGCUACUCCUCAUGUUCAACACCUCGGACGUCAUUUCGUUUACAACCAUGGCCGAUCACACUAAGCUUGGUGAGAAAGAAAUGAACAAACAGCUACAGUCUCUGCUUGAUGCCAAACUUAUCACCACUCCAACAGAGGGUGAGAUGUGUUCACAAUCACAGUUUGAGCUCAACAUGAACUAUGCCAACAAGAGAACCAAGUUCAAGAUCACCGCCGCAGUACAGAAGGAAUCACAACAGGAGAUGGAGCAAACUCGCAGUGCCGUGGAUGAGGACAGGAAAAUGUACAUACAGGCAGCCAUUGUCCGCAUUAUGAAGGCCAGAAAAGUGCUCAAACAUACUCUACUUAUACAAGAGGUGAUAAGUCAAGCCAAGUCCCGAUUUGCACCUAAUGUCGCUAUGAUAAAGAAGUGUAUAGAAGCUUUAAUAGACAAACAGUACCUUGAACGGACUCAAAAUGCCACGGACGAAUAUAGUUACAUUGCAUAGUAGUUUCAUCAAUCUAGUAACUGCAGAAACAGGUGUAUACUGUGCUCAAUUAUCCAGGAAGAUACUUUAAUAUCACGCUACAGGAAAGUUUGGCUUACACGCAUAUAAGCAAGGCUUGUGAUACUUCAAAGUUUGUUUAUGAAAGAGUCAAGUCUGUAAGGUAUUUGCAUCUUCGCUGGGCUAAGUUUGAGUGAAAUGUGCUUUGAAGUGCUGUUAAAAGCACUUUAAUAAGCAGACUACUGGUACAGUACAGAGGGUUUGAUUUGAACUGUGUCUAAGAUCAACACUAAGUUUACCAGUAUAAUGUGUAUAAGUUGUAAGAAUUGAAAUGUGUUUUAACAUGUGCAUAACCUUCGACUGUGAUCUGCGACAAACUUUGCUGACUGCAGGAUGAAUGCAAACAUUUGAAGUGGUGAAAGUGAAAAGGUUUUAUUAGUUAUUAUACCCCCACAAACGAAGUUUGAGGGGGUAUAUAGGAGUGAGCUUGUCGGUCGGUCGGUCGGUCGGUCGGUCGGUUUUCAUGGUUUCCGGACGAUAACUCAUGAAAGGCUUGACAGAUUUGAAAAAUUUUUGGUACACAGGUGUAACAUCAGAAGAUACAGGUCAAGUUCGAUAUUGGGGCUGGUGGGGCCAAGGUCAAGGUCACUGUUACUAAAAAUAGAAAAACGGUUUCCGGACGAUAACUCAUGAAAGGCUUGACAGAUUUGAAAAUUUUUUGGUACACAGGUGUAACAUCAGAAGAUACAGGUUAAGUUCGAUAUUGAGGCUGGUGGGGCCAAGGUCAAGGUCACUGUUACUAAAAAUAUAAAAAACGGUUUCCGGACGAUAACUCAUGAAAGGCUUGACAGAUUUGAAAAAAUUUUGGUACACAGGUGUAACAUCAGAAGAUACAGGUCAAGUUUGCUAUUGGGGCUGGUGGGACCAAGGUCAAGGUCACUGUUACUAAAAAUAGAAAAACGGUUUCCAGACGAUAACUCAUGAAAGGCUUGACAGAUUUGAAAAAUUUUUGGUACACAGGUGUAACAUCAGAAGAUACAGGUCAAGUUCGAUAUUGGGGCUGGUGGGGCCAAGGUCAAGGUCACUGUAACUAAAAAAAGAAAAACGGUUUCUGGACGAUAACUCAUGAAAGGCUUGACAGAUUUGAACAUUUUUUGGUACACAGGUGUAACAUCAGAAGAUACAGGUCAAGUUCGAUAUUGUGGCUGGUGGGGGCCAUAGGUCAAGGUCACUGUUACUAAAAAAAGAAAAACGGUUUCUGGACGAUAACUCAUGAAAGGCUAAACGGAUUUGAACAAUUUUUGGUACACAGGUGUAACAUCAGAAGAUACAGAUCAAGUUCGAUAUUGGGGCUGGUAGGGUCAAGGUCACUGUUACUAAAAAUAGAAAAAUGGUUUCCGGACGAUAACUCAUGAAAGGCUUGACAGAUUUGAACAUUUUUUGGUACACAGGUGUAACAUCAGAAGAUACAGAUCAAGUUCGAUAUUGGGGCUGGUGGGGCCAAGGUCAAGGUCACUGUUACUAAAAAUAGAAAAAUGGUUUCUGCUUCAUAACUUUAAUUGGGCAUGAGAUAUUGUGAUGAAACUUGCUGUAUAGGAAGCCUCUGUGAAGACAAAGCUUGUGAUUGAAAGAUUGAAAAUGGGGCCAGAGGAGUAAAGGUUUUUGUGCACUGUUACGAAAAUAGAAAAACGUUUUCCGGACAAACAAUACAUGCAUGAUAAAAGAAGAUGCAAUGUGCAGUAACCUUGGAGUUAUGGCCUCUUUUCAUAGGAAUGGUUUGCCAUUCCUGUGUCCAGGCGGCAUUUGGGGGUAUUCGUCACUCCUGUGACAGCUCUAGUUUUCUGGUGGUGUAAAGGGGUUUAUGAGUGAAAUAAUAUUGAUAUUUCACUGUUUCAUUCAGUUAAAAUAUCAAUUUGAUAUUUUUCACUGUUUUGAAAUUUAAGUCCACUGUUGGUUCCAAAUCAAACGUCUGGGACACAAUUUCGACCAUGUCAUUUCAGAAAUGACGUUACGUGGGCAUACAAAUAAGCAUGUUUUUCUAAAAAAGUGUAAUUCAAUGAUUUUUAAUUCCAAUUUUAGGCAUAUGAUAAAAAGAAAAUUGUUUGUUUUAGUGUAAGAUAGCAAUAUAUUUCACCUUCUUAACACCAAAAAUGAACAGGUUUUGGUGCUCACCCUGAAAUAUAUUACGAUCUUACACUGAAACAAACAGUUAUCCAAAUAUCUAUCUGCCUCGAUAUGUAAUGUUACUAAGAGCCUUUUCACUUUCACCCUCAAACAGUGAAUAUUUAUAUUGUGAAGUUAAAAUCUGUGUCAAAACACAGGUUUGAAUGAAUUUAAUAUGUGUAUGUCUAAUGAACUGAUAGCCAGUUUUUGACUGGUUUCUUGGUGUUAAAUCUAUUUUUGAAUUGACUUACUAUUUCCUUUUCACAAUAUUUAAUCAAGUUGAUAAUGCAAUUUCAGCUAUAUCAAUCACAGGCAGAAUUUCUUCACCAAACCAGGUGUAAAAAACAGCUUGUGACAAUUCCUAGUUAAUCUGCUGUUUUGGGACACAACCCAGGGCUGGGUAAUGAAAUUUUUCGUAAAUGAAGUGAAGUAUACAUGGUCUUUAAAUACCUAUACCUUUCGAGGGCGUCUUAGACUGUCAUUAAAUUGUAUUGCCAGAGGCAGAGCCUUAAGUUUGCUAAUUGAUAUCGAUAUGAUAAGCAUUGUCUGGUGUUUCUUAACUUCCAUUCAAAUAAGUUACUAUACAUGUAUUAAGAUGGUGGUAACUUGUUUCUAUAACGCAGCAUUUUGUUUAAUAAUUUAGACUAGUAAUUAAGUCACAGAGCAUGAAUGAUUGAGAUUUCUGGACCCAAUUUCUCGAAACUUCUUAAGUCCCUUAUAACAGGAUUAAGCUAAUCACAUUAUUUUUGGUUUCCAAUAAAUUGUGUAAUAUUAAUUUCUUUAAGAGUUUUUAUAUAUCUUUAUGAUAAUCACAAAAAAACAUUUUUCAUUUAACAAAAUUCAAUUUUAAGUAUUUUUUUGGCUAAUUGAAAUAAGUUACUUAAGCCUAUUAAGCUUAAGAAGUUUCAGGAAAUUGGGGCCAGUUUCUACACUUCAAUUUUUUCACUCGCUACAAAUGUGCUAUGAUGCUUAUAAAGCAGGUUUUGUUAUUAGAUAUGUUGAAUAAGGCAUGCACAUUCAAUAGUAUUCCACAUUUCAAAUUAAAACAAUGCUUUAGGUUUUAGCUAAAGAGUGAUGGAAGGGUGCCUCACCCUGUCCUUGUUUUGUAUUACCAUUCUUCCCUCAUAGAGACCAGGAUGGGCACCCUUCUGCCCCCAUACAAACCAGCAUGGGCACCCUUCUGCCCCCAUACAAACCAGCAUGGGCACCCUUCUGCCCCCAUACAAACCAGCAUGGGCACCCUUCUGCCCCCAUACAUGGAGACCCGCAUGGGCACCCUGUUGCCCUCAUGGACACCAGCAAAGGCACCCUUUUGCAUUAAAUUGAAUACUUAAGUCCAUCAAACAUAUCUUUUGUUAAGUUUAAAACUUAUUAUAUAAUUAUAAAAAAUGCACAUCACAUAUUUGAAAGUUGAGCCUAAUAUACCUUCAAUUUAACACAUCCUUCAUAUUAACACAUCCUUCACAUUGUCUGUCAAAUUUAUUAUGAUCAAGUUCUUUACAGCCUUGUAAAAUGUGCCCUUUUCACUCCUAGCAAUCAUGUCAAUAUUUUGCAGCACCAUGUCAUUUUUAAAACCUGGCUUAAAUCCUAAAUAUUCCAUGUGUCCACAAAAAGAAAUAAGACAAUAGUAUUUUUGGGAAGAAAAAGUGCAAGAAUCAUUUUAGUUUAAUAGUCUUUUUCAAACAAUGCAUUCCUGAAUUGGACCCUAAAAGUAGGAAGUUUUUCAAAUUGAACCAAGAACGGUUGAGAAAUUUAAUUUCCCCAUGAUUUGCACUAGAGCAUUAUUUUCAUAUUUUAUUACAGUAUGUGCUCGUAAAAUAGGGGUCUAACAGCUGAUAAUUGUCAAUCCUGAAAAAUAGCUGAAGGUCUGUCCAUCACAAAUUGUGUCCGCUCAAUAUCUCUUGAACCAUUUAAAGGAUUUUGAAAUAACUCGCCACAAAUAUCCACCAUAUUGAGACAAUGUGCAGAGAGCAUGGUUCAACUAGCUAAGGUCAAGGUCACAAUUAGAGGUCAAAGGUCAUAUGCCCACAUUUUGUGUAUUGAUACAUGUAUACAUGCAGUCAUAGAAAUGAAUUGAUAAAGAAUUCAAUAAUUGUAUCACAACUUUUAAUUUAUACUUAUUUCCUUAGUUUAAUCACUUUUUCUUGUUCACUUGUUUCCAUUGCAUUUAUUUAUCAACAUUCAAAGACAUUACGGGGUAAACUAAUAGAAAAAUAUUCUGUAUCUUUAUGUUUUGUUAGACUAAAGGGCCUAAUUGUUCAAAAUAUUGGAUAAUAAAAAAUGCUUUUGGUAUUUCAUGUUCUACUUUAACAUUAUGAUCUAACAUCAUGUUUUGAUUUGUUUUGUUUUUCACAAAAGACACUCACACUUUCACAAGUAUUUUGACUUAAUAGAUUAAGUAGUUGUCUCAAAUUAAUUGUUUUACUCUGAACAUCAGAGUAUUUGUUGACUAGCAUCAGGAAUCGAAACAGUUUUUCUGGUAUCUUUAAAGAUUUAUUGCAGAUAAUUUGAGCUAUUCAGACACAUUAACUUUGUUUUGUUUUCCUUUCUUUUUUUGAAUAAGUGCUUUUAAACAUGUGAUAUUUUGAUUGUAAGUUUAUGUUAAUACAAUCAUCAUUUUUAUGGUGUAAUCAUUAUUAUUGUAUGAAAAUGCUACCAUAAAUUUGAAAACAUUAAUUUUAGAACUUUCAGUAAACUAAAUCCUAAAUGUAAAUCCUAAAUUUAAUAAUUCGUUUUUCCCUUAUUAAAUACCCUGUAUGCAAAAUUGUGAUUUCAUCAUAAGGAAUUAUGGUUGUUAAAUAGAAAUUUUGCUUAUAGCCUAUUACUAAUUUAACUUUGAGUAAGUGAUAGUCGGUGUAAUAUAUUCAUUAUUGAUAGUUUGUUACAUAAUGAACUUACACUUAUUCAUUAAUAAAUUGUCUUGAAACUUGUAAAA